AUGUCAGAUUCCAUUAAAGAUGAGAUAGACGACGUCGUCGUCAUCGAGAAGGAAGAAGUCGAGAACGCUUCAAUUGACUCCAUAGAGGUCGAGAAGCCAGUCGAGAAGCCUACUGAGAAGUUAGUCGAAAAACCGGUCGAAAAACUAACCGAUAAGGCUGCUACGAAUAAUGGUUCUUCGCUGCUAAGGUUGGAAGCCGUCGUCAUGCCUCUUCUAUUCACUGCUAUGUCCUUUUUCGUUAGAAUGUACAAGAUCGGCGCCGCCAACAGAGUCAUGUGGGAUGAGGCUCAUUUCGGUAAGUUCGGUUCUUACUACUUGAGACACGAGUUCUAUCACGAUGUGCAUCCUCCGCUGGGUAAGAUGCUUGUUGGUUUGUCCGGAUACAUCGCAGGCUACAAUGGUUCUUGGGACUUCCCAUCUGGACAAGAGUAUCCAGACUAUGUCGACUACGUUAAGAUGAGAAUGUUCAAUGCCACUUUCUCUGCCCUGUGUGUUCCUGUCGCCUAUUUCACCGCAAAGGCAAUUGGUUUCUCUUUGCACAACGUAUGGUUAUUCACCAUCAUGGUUUUGUUCGAGAAUUCCUACGCAACCUUAGGUAGAUUCAUCCUAUUGGACUCAAUGCUAUUGUUCUUCACAGUCGCUUCGUUUGGCGCUUUCGUAAUGUUCUACAACCAAAGAAACAACCCAUUCGGCAGAAAAUGGUGGAAGUGGAUGCUUAUCACUGGUUUGAAUUUGGGAUGUGUCAUCUCCGUUAAGAUGGUUGGUCUGUUCAUGAUCUCCGUCGUUGGUAUUUACACCGUUGCAGAGUUAUGGAACUUUUUAGCAGACAAAAAAAUGUCUUGGAAAACUUACUUAGGUCAUUGGUUAGCAAGAAUACUAUGUUUGAUUAUUGUGCCAUUAGCUGUCUUCAUGUUCUGUUUCAAAAUUCAUUUCGAUCUAUUGACAAACUCAGGUUCAGCUGACGCAAUGAUGCCUUCUCUAUUCCAAGCUGGUCUAAAUGGUUCAAAAAUCUCCGUCGGUCCACGUGAUGUCGCAAUUGGCAGCUCAAUUGUCACUUUAAAAGCUCAAACUUUAGGUGGUGCCAUUUUACAUUCUCAUCAAAAUCUUUACCCAUCUGGUUCCGGUCAACAACAAGUUACUGGCUAUGGUUAUGGUGAUGAAAAUAAUGACUGGAUCUUCCAAAAGGCAAGAGAAGAGCAACCAUGGCUAGAUGGUCAAGACACCGAAUUUGUCAAGGAUGGUCAAACUGUUAGAUUGGUACAUAAAUUAACUGGAAGAAACUUACACUCUCACGCUAUUCCAGCUCCUGUUACAAAUAUAUAUAAAGAAGUCGCAUGUUAUGGUACUUUGGAACAAGGUGACGUCUUUGACGAUUGGAUUGUUGAAAUUGUUUCCCAAAUGGGUAGCGAAGACAAAACUUUAUUACAUCCAUUAACAAGUACCUUCCGUCUAAAACACGCUCAACUAGGUUGUUACUUAGGUCAAACUGGUCAAUUCUUACCAGAAUGGGGCUUUAAACAAAUUGAAAUCGCAUGUAUGUCAAAUGUUAAACUAUCGGAUAAGAGAAUCAUUUGGAACAUUGAAUCGCAUAUCAACGAAGGAUUACCUCCAGUUUCAGAAGACUUUAAAUAUCCACAAGAUAGUUUCUUAAGGAACUUCAUUUACCUAAACUUAGCUAUGAUGUCAACAAAUAAUGCUUUAGUCCCAGAUUCAGAAAAACUAGAUCGUAUUUCUUCUUCAUGGUGGGAAUGGCCAAUUUUAUACAGAGGUUUAAGAUUAGGUGGUUGGGCCGAUGAUAAUGUUAAAUACUACCUAUUGGCAACUCCACUAACCACUUGGUUAUCAACUGCUGCUGUUCUAAUCUUUAUGGCUUUAGUUAUUGUUUUGGCCAUUAAAUGGCAAAGACAAUUGGACAACUUCCAAGACAACGCAUCUGUCAGCUUAUUCACAAUUGCUGGUAUAUAUCCAAUGUUGGGUUGGGGUCUACAUUAUACUCCAUUCAUUAUCAUGGGUAGAGUCACAUACUUACAUCAUUAUUUACCAGCUCUUUACUUUGCUUUAAUAGUUUUAACUUACUUCGUUGAAACUAUUACUUCUAAGUGCAAGAAUAGCUUGUUAAGAUAUUCCAUUUCAUAUGGUUUAUCCAUUGCCACUAUCGCCUGUUUCGCUUACUUCUCUCCAGUUUCCUUUGGUAUGGAAGGUCCAUCUACAGACUACCAAUAUUUGAAUCAAUUACCAACUUGGAACAUUCAUGAAGAUUUCUAA